CCCCAUUCGAGUCAUUCCCAAGACCCUCAUUGUCUCCGCCCCCCGCCCUCCGCCUCCCCCCGGUUGGUGCGGGAACCGGCCGGUAUGUCGAAUCGCUCUCCAAUUGGCCGAGCCAGCCGGUUUAUCCCAGCCAGCAAGGCCACUUGAAAUCUCGCGCAUUCAUCGACAGAAUCAAUAGGCAUACAGAAUUUCCCAAAGUACUAAUACAACUUUAUGUAUUUAUUUUUUAG